AUGCCGGCCGCAGCCACGACACGCUCACACCACCCUACCCCUGGAGCAGGACACACCAACCCACAGCCACGACACGCCCACACACCCUACUCGCUGGAGCAGGAUACGCCAGCCCGCAGCCACUACACGCUCACACACCCUACCCCCUGGAGCAGGACGCGCCAGCCCAACAGCCACGACAUGCUCACCACACCCUACCCCUGGAGCAGGAAACGCCGGCCCGCAGCCACGAGACGCUCACACCACCCUACCCCCUGGAGCAGACACGCCGGCCCGCAACCAAGACACACACACACACAAUACCCCCUGGAGCAGGACAAGCCAGCCCAAAGCCACGACACACUCACACCACCUACCACCGUGGAGCAGGACACGCCAGCCCACAGCCACGACACGCUCACACCACCCUACCCCCCGGAGAGGGACCUCAGGCCCGCACCCACAAGACACUCACCCCACCCUACCCCCUGGAGCAGGACACGCCGGCACGCAGCCACAACACACCCACACCACCCUACCCCCUGGAAGCAGGACACAUUAGCCCUCAGCCAUGACAGGCUCACAAACAACCCUAGCCCUGGAGCAGGACACACCGGCCGCAGCUACAACACACCACACACCCUACCCCCGGAGCAAGGACACACCAGCCCACAGCCACGACACGCUCACACCAUCCCUCCCUGGAGCAGAGGACAUGUCAAGCCGCAGCCACAACCCGCUCACACCACCCUACUCCCUGGAGCAGGAUACGCCAGCCCCGCGGUCAAACAGCUCACACCCCCCUACCCCCUGGGGCAGGACACACCAGCCCACAGCAACAACACCACUCACAGCACCCUGCACCCUGGAGCAGGACAUGCCGGCCCACCAGCCACGACAAGCUCACACCACCUUCCCCCUGGAGCAGGACACGCCAGCCCACAGCCACACACGCUCACACCACCCUACCCCCUGGAGCAUACACAUCAGCCCUCAGCCAUGACAGGCUCACAACACCCUAGCCCUGGAGCAGGACACACCGCCCGCAGCUACAACCACACCCACACAACCACCCCCCGGCAGGACACACCAGCCCGCAGCCACGACACGCUCACACCAUCCUACCCCCUGGAGCAGGACACGCCGUCCCGCAGCCACAACACACCCACACCACCCUAUCCCCGGAGCAGGACACCUCAGGCCGCAGCCACGACACGCUGA